UUGGCCUCAUUUCUCCUCUGGAAUCUCGACUGCGCUCAGGUACCACCCUGCCUACGACAUACAUUAAUUACGACCCUGUCCGGCGCCUGUCUUCCUGUCAUGACUUCGUUGACCAUGGCGUGAAAUCUGACUGUGUUGUCGUGACGUCUUCCUCCGAUCCAACCUAAUUGACCCCCUAAAAAAGUGUUGCUCUGUUCGUAUUCGCAUAGAGAGAUAGGCAGAAGACCGCGCCUCUCCUCCGCUUUCUCACCUCCUAUACUUGAACAACCUCUGCCGUCCUCAACGUUUGGUCCGACACGAGCAUAUCCCUAUGUCAACAUGAUCCCCCAUCGGAGCACAGCUCUGUUGACCAUUAUUGUUUUUGUCGCUCUCUUAUUGAUAAUCUUUUCCUCUUCCCCGGCUUCCGACUCUUCGACCGGUGCAGCAGUCUCCGGCCCGGCCAGAUUUGUGCCUCACCCAAAGCUUCCCUCCUUCAACGACCUGCGCUUACCAUCCUUCCGUCCCACCGUCCACACUCCUCCCGAACCUCAGCCGAAUAGCACCAGUGGAGAGACUAGCUGGUUCAGCGAUUGGUCAUGGAUCAAUCCUUUUUCGUCCUCCAUCACCCUGGACGAGAAUCGAUCCGUCCUGCCCCCUUUGAAGGACAGACCGUUUAUCUACACAUAUUACGAGCCAAAUAAGGGUAAUGACGCGGACGAGAACAAUGCUGAUGCUCAGCUUCUUCUCGCAUGGCGCAGGGCCUGGUAUGCUCAAGGAUUCCGGCCAGUCAUUCUUGGUCGGGGAGAAGCCAUGAACAACCAGUUCUACGAGCUUGUCCAGCGUGUGAAGUUCAAGCCCGAAUUCGAGGGCGAGAUCUUCCGAUGGCUUGCUUGGGGGCACAUGGGUGAUGGCUUGCUUGCGGAUUGGCAUUGUUUCCCCAUGGCGAGGUAUGACGACGCGCUCCUGUCGUCGUUGCGCCGUGGCUCCGACCCAGCCUUCAUCACUCGCUUUGAUCGACUAGGGAGCGCUCUGUUUUCUGGAGAGAAGUCACACAUCAACGCGGUAAUCAAGCAAGCUCUGAACAAGGUGGAUGAGACGUCUACCUCCCUGGUGGAUCUGGUCCCGACCGAGCUUGUUAAGGUAGAGGGGACCGAUUCGUUGGCGUUGUACGACUCUGCGGCAAUUACUAGCCAUUAUCCAACCAUCGCAGAGAAGAUGGUGUCUUCUCCGACCGCAGGGCGACUGGCUUUGGCUGAAUUGAUCAACUCACAUCUACACAACACUUUUCAGAAUGCCUUCCCAGCAGGCAUUGCCGUCUUGAAGCCGUUUCCCCAGCACACGACCGCGCUAGUCGAGCCUGCUUUGCGUCUCGCGAAGGCUCUCGUUCAGUGCUCGAACUCUCCAGUGCCACAAUCAUGCCCACCCAACCUACCCAAAUGUCACCCGUGUGAUGCAGCGAAGCCUAUGCAAGUGAGCCAGCCGGCUACCUACAAGAACACGACGCGGGUUUUCACCAUUGGGACGCUGCCUCAUCCUUUCACUUUGAUCAGUCUGCAACAGGAUUCUACCGAUGUGAGCAUCCGCCACAUUCGGCGCGAAACGGAUCGUGAUGGAUGGCUGACGGAAGUCACCAAAGACCAAUUAGGCCUUGAGAUUGGCGGGUUACCCAGAUCUACGGUCUUUAAGAGAGCUGUCGCAGAUGACGCCGUCGUCGGCACAUCAUUGUGGAUGACCGUCGAAUCCCUACCCUCACAGGCGGGCCAAUCCCUCCCAACCGAGCUUCUGGAUGAAUUUGAGUGGCAGUUUGGCUUCAAAAUUCCUCGAGACGGCAAGGUGGAUGCCAAGAAUGAAGACGACAAAAAGGAAUCUGUGCAACAUGCCACUCCAAGUGAGCAAGGAGUUCCGAGGGAGUAUGAGAUCAUUCAACAAGCUCGCGAUAUCAUCAAGGCUCAAAAGCCCAACAACGGGCCCAACCCCAAGGCGGCUGCAGAAGCUUGGAACCUGGCCGACUCGGAAGUCUGGCGGUUCGUAAGAGCAUACCGGGCUCGCAGCGUGGUUGAACGCAAGAAGUGGGAGGAAGACGAGAAGGACUUUGUUGGCGCGCAGGUAAAACAUUAGGAUGAGUCGGAGCCCUGACUGAUAUCCAAUAAUAUAUGCAUCACAAUAGAUGUUUGUAUGCUGUUUCUUUCCGUCCAUGUAUCUUGUUUUCAUUCCUCUUUCAAUUCGUGCAUUGCCGGUGGCGUUAAUCAUUGUUUUGAGAUACCUCCCCCGAAUACUGCCGAGGGUUGCCGCCCAUCGGACAAUGGCGAUCGCCGCCGGGGGAAAAGCAGCGGUGGGAAAGCGGGAGUUGUCAGUCAUGGGAAUCCCCUGCGAUAACCGAG